AUGACGGACUCGAUAUCGAGGCAAGAGACCCGCAAGUCAGGUGCAUCAAAACCCGAUUCGUCUCCUGGGCUACAUCGAUGUUUAUCUGGAAAUCACCUCGAUGACACUUCGUAUUAUACAGGUCAUGCUGGUGUAUCUCAAGGGAAAACUGAUCAAGGUAUGGAGCGCGAUUCCACAAUCGAUUUGGAAGAUACAGAUACCGAUGGCGCUUCAAGCAUAUCGCCAGAAGUUAUAGAUGGGAUUGAGGUUGAGAGAGAUGUUGAAUUGGGGAGAGAAAAGACUCAAAAGAGCACGAAAAGUGUGAGGGAUCCAAACCUAGUCACUUGGGAAGGGCCACAUGAUCCAGAGAACCCUAAGAAUUGGAAAAUCGGACGUAAAUGGGCUGCAGUCUUGGUAGUUUCAAGUUUCACCUUUAUAUCCCCAGUUUCCUCUUCCAUGGUAGCCCCAGCUCUGACUUCCAUAAGUUCGGAUUUACAUAUUGAAAAUUCUAUAGAGCAAAGUCUGGUGCUAUCUAUUUUCGUCCUGGCUUAUGCGAUUGGCCCAUUGUUUCUUGGACCGCUGAGUGAAAUGUUUGGACGAGUCAUUAUAGUGCAAGUUAGCAACCUUGUAUACUUGUUUUUCAAUCUCGGCUGUGGUCUGGCACAAACCAAGGGGCAACUGAUUGCUUUCCGAUUUCUUGCCGGGCUAGGUGGAUCAGCCCCUUUAGCUCUCGGAGGUGGAGUACUCAGUGAUUUGUUCACAGCCGAAGAGCGUGGUAAAGCUAUUUCUAUAUACUCUCUCGCUCCACUACUGGGGCCGGCAGUUGGUCCAAUAGCAGGCGGGUUCAUAGCCGAGAAUACUACCUGGAGAUGGGUCUUUUAUGCCACUACUAUUGCAGAUGCGGUCAUUCAAAUAAUAGGGUUGUUCUACCUCCAAGAAACAUUUCCACCUGUUUUACUCGGACGUAAGAAGAAUAAGCUCAUCAAGGAGACUGGGAAUCAAGAUCUCCACACAGAAUGGGAUGUUCCAGACAGAACUAUUUUCAAAGCUCUCUCUGUUAGUCUGACGCGACCGUUCAAACUACUUGGAACGCAAAUCAUCAUCCAGGUGCUAGCAGUAUAUAUGGCUUACCUCUAUGGUAUCAUGUAUCUCGUACUCUCCACAUUUCCCGGAUUAUGGGAAGGCGUAUAUAACGAAAGUGUCGGGAUGGGUGGGCUUAACUAUAUUUCUUUGGGAGUCGGUUUCUUCUUGGGUACGCAACUAUGUGCACCGGCACAAGACAGGAUUUAUCGAGAGUUGAAGGCACGUAACAACGGAGUGGGAAAGCCUGAAUUUCGAGUCCCUUUAAUGAUUCCUGGUGCUUUGCUUGUGCCAGUGGGGCUCUUUUGGUAUGGAUGGUCGGCUCAAGCUAAAACUCAUUGGAUUGUGCCGAAUAUUGGAGCGGCAAUUUUUGCAGCAGGAACCAUUAUCGGAUUUCAAUGCAUUCAAACUUACAUAGUCGACUCCUAUACCAAAUACGCUGCAAGUGCUGUCGGAGCAGCAACUGUUUUGAGAAGUUUGGCUGGUUUCGGUUUCCCAUUAUUUGCCCCAUACAUGUAUGCAGCGUUAGAUUAUGGGUGGGGUAAUAGUUUGAUCGGAUUUAUCGCGAUUGGAUUGGGGUGGCCAGCUCCCAUUUUGCUGUGGAUAUAUGGCGAGAGACUUCGUACGAGAAGUACAUUUGCAGCUGGAUAA